GAUGGAUCUGAAGACAUACAGACGCUGCAGAGUCCAUACACUGACACAUCUCAGCUCCGAAUCACUAACAUGGUGUACAAGGCUGUUUAUGCAAUAGCACAUGCCAUUCAUAAUUCAGUGUGUCAGGAAACAAAUUCUACAACUCAGUGUGACAAAAUCACCAGGAUCGAGCCCAGAGAGCUUCUCACUCAGCUGAAGAAAGUAAAUUUUUCCCAAAAUGGUUAUGACGUGUCAUUUGAUGCCAAUGGGGAUCCUGUGGCCACAUAUGAGCUGGUAAACUGGCAAAAGAGUGAAAGUGGCAGCACUGAGUUGGUGACAGUAGGUUUCUAUGAUGCAUCACUGCCAGCAGGCCAGGAGUUCAGUAUCAACAGGAACCUCACCUGGAUGGAGGGCAGCACACAAGUCCCUGUGUCAGUGUGCAGUGACAGCUGUCCUCCAGGAACCCGUAAAGUGCUGCAGAAAGGAAAACCCAUCUGCUGUUAUGAUUGUAUACUGUGUCCUGAGGGAGAGAUUAGCAAUGCUACAGAUUCUCCUGAUUGUUUCCCUUGCCCCAGGGAGUUCUGGCCUAAUGCAGAGAGAGACACUUGUCUCCCUAAACCUGUAGAGUUUCUGUCCUUUGACGAGGUCCUAGGAAUCAUCCUGGCUGCAUUCUCAGUUGCUGGUGCCUGUCUUGCCAUUAUAACAGCGGCUGUGUUCUUUCAUCACAGGACAUCCCCGAUUGUCAGGGCCAACAACUCUGAGCUGAGCUUCCUGCUGCUCUUCUCCCUGACUCUCUGUUUCUUAUGUUCAUUAACUUUCAUUGGAGCACCCACUGAGUGGUCCUGCAUGCUGCGCCACACAGCAUUUGGGAUCACCUUCGUCCUCUGCAUCUCUUGUGUUCUUGGGAAAACAAUAGUUGUGUUGAUGGCCUUCAAAGCUACACUCCCAGGCAGUAACGUCAUGAAAUGGUUUGGUCCUCCACAGCAAAGAAUGACUGUGGUGUCUUUUACAUUUGUUCAAGUUUUAAUAUGUACCAUUUGGUUGGUUCUUAGUCCCCCUUUUCCAAUGAAAAACCUGACCACAUACAAAGAGAGGAUCAUCCUGGAGUGUGCAUUGGGCUCAGAUAUUGGGUUCUGGGUUGUGCUCGGGUACAUCGGCCUGCUGGCUGCCUUUUGCUUAGUGUUAGCUGUCUUUGCCCGCAAACUACCUGAUAAUUUUAAUGAAGCCAAGUUUAUCACCUUCAGCAUGUUGAUAUUCUGUGCAGUGUGGAUCACCUUUAUCCCAGCGUAUGUCAGCUCUCCUGGGAAAUUUACUGUGGCUGUGGAGAUAUUUGCCAUUCUGGCCUCCAGUUUUGGAUUAAUUCUGUGUAUAUUUGCUCCAAAGUGUUUCAUCAUAUUGUUGAAGCCAAAGAAGAACACAAAGAAACAUUUAAUGAACAAAAACUGAAGAUGAGACAUCAACAGUUAAGAUACUUGAAAUGUAGUUGUAUAUCAUACACCGAUCAGCCACAACAUUAAAACCACUGACAGGCGAAGUGAAUACCAUCAAUCAUCUUUUUACAAUGCAAUGUUUUGCUGGGAAUCCUCCAGUUCUGGCAGUU